UCGAGCCGCCAGCACCGACUUUUAUACCCUUCUAAUCUUUACCGAUCGCGAAUCUGUCACUUCGAACUUUUCUCUAUUUCGCGGACUUCAUUUUCGUAUCCUAUCUUCGGAUUCGACCACUCCUUUAUUUUCUUCUCGAUUGCGUUCUCCUUCGCGUUAUCUUGUCUUUUAAUUUUUCCAUCAAACUUUAUCAAGAUUCUCUGUCACAUACAUCAACAUUCUUCGAGUAUACAGUCAACUUUCGUGGAAGAAGGUUCUGACAUUUAACUUCUGGACCUCGAAAAUCCUGGACCACGAAACAAGUGACAGGAAACGCAUCAAAAAUGCGAUCGUGGGAAAGCUUGCGGAGCGUUGUUUUCUUCCUGCUGCUGUCCGUCGUGAAAGGAUUGCCAGACUUUACGGGAAUACGACCCGGUCCGUAUUGCGCCGAAAGAUAUCCACGGGGCAGUUGCUGCCCGGGUCGUCAGGAUGACUGCAGCGCUCCGAUUCUCACCACGUUAUGCUACUGCGACGAUUUUUGCGACCGGAUCAGGGAAGAGGACUGUUGUCCGGACUACUGGAGCCACUGUAAGGGAAUCGAGCCCAACAUCACCAUACCACCGCCCCCGGAAAUAAGACAAUGCCUCUACCAAGGGAAGUACUACACUCAUGGGCAGACUUUUAAGAGCAACUGCAACGUAUGCAAAUGUUCCGCGGUGGGCAGACGCGCAGAGGUACUGUGCGAGCAGAACCGGUGUUUACAGGAGCCAGAUUUGAUCGACGAAGUGAACGCGAUGCCAUUAAACUGGAGGGCCCGAAACUACUCCGAAUUUAAUGGCAGAACGUUGAAGGACGGCAUGCGACUCCGCUUGGGCACGUUGAAUCCAUCGCGAUCGGUUUACCGGAUGAACGCUGUGCGACGAAUUUACGAUCCGGAAUCCCUGCCACGUGAAUUCGAUUCCAGGACCCGUUGGCCACGGGACAUAUCGAAGAUCACCGAUCAAGGAUGGUGCGGUGCAUCCUGGGCAAUUUCCUCCGCACAGGUCGCGUCCGAUAGAUUCGCGAUUAUGAGCAAAGGCACGGACGCUGUUGAACUCAGCGCGCAACAUUUGCUUUCUUGCAACAACAGGGGACAACAGGGUUGCAGCGGAGGGCACUUGGACAGAGCUUGGAUGUUCAUGCGCAGAUUUGGAUUGGUCGACGAAAACUGCUACCCUUGGAAAGCGAGCACCGAGACAUGCAGACUUCGAAAGAGGACCGAUUUAAGAAGCGCUGGUUGCGCUCCUCCGCCUAAUCCUCUUCGAACAGAAUUGUACAAAGUGGGACCCGCUUAUCGACUUGCUAACGAGACAGACAUUAUGCAAGAGAUUCUUACGUCAGGACCUGUCCAAGCCACGAUGAGAGUCUAUCAAGACUUUUUCUCCUAUGAAUCCGGAGUGUACAAGCACUCGGUAACGGCGGAACUCUACGAAUCCGACUACCAUUCGGUUAGGAUAAUCGGAUGGGGAGAGGAACCUCCCACGUACUCUCGCAAUACACCACUUAAAUAUUGGCUGGUCGCCAACUCUUGGGGUCAGCAAUGGGGUGAGAACGGCCUGUUCCGAAUUCAGAAAGGCACGAACGAGUGCGAGAUCGAAUCGUUCGUGCUGGGCGUAUGGGCGAAGACCGUUUAAUUUUGGGGAAAACGUUUCCUCGUCGCGAUACCGAACUGUUACGCUUCCGAACGACACUCGUCGUUCGCCGAAAACUUUAAUGACGGACUAGACGAAUAGACAGUGCAUUUAUCGAAUCAUCUGCUGCCGAUCAGUGUUCCAGACUGUCGUUCAAUACCGCUCCGCGCGGUAGGACUCAACCGUCGAUAUCAUCUACGAAGCGAUUAAUUUCUCGUUAGAUCGUAUUUCUAGUAAUCGCGUUGUAUCGAUUCGUGGCAAAUUGCGAAUGAAUUUGCGCGAAAUCACGAUUGCCAAAUACUUUGUAAUCGUACGAUACUUGUGUUUACGUAUGCGAAUGACAACGUAAUAUUAACGUUAUUAAUAAUAAAAUAUCAAACACUUAUUUAA